AUAUUUGACAAUUCUGCUUUAUUGACAAAUUUAAGGAUGAGCAGACGGGCUUGAAAUGCGGAAUGUCGCGAAUAUUCUCAAAGCUAAGACUGGUUUCACACGAUGAUGCAUCAGCAUAUGCUUGGACCGUCAACUUCGCUAGGUGGUACUAAUAAUUCUGCUCUUCAAUCUUCUGUUCUUUCCGAAGGUGUCCUUCUUUCCCAUUCUCAACCUACACGAGAAGAGAUAAAGAAAAACUUCGAGACGCGAGAAGGUGUCUAUCGGAGCGUCCCAUCGGCCGAAUUCUCGCGUCCUCGGCCCCUUCCACAGUACCACAUGCCACCGGGAAUCGCAUCGGCUGCUGCAAGUCAGAUAGCAGCUGCGGGCUCUACUGUUCGUGUAAGCUUUCUCAAUGGCGCAGAGAAAAGUGUGGAAUCUCCCGAGGCUGUGGCACCAACUAGUUCAACUUACGAACACCAUAAAAAUGAGCCGAAUGGAGCACGAAUAGACAUGGUGGAUGAGGCACAGGCUGACAAGAUUUGCUUCAAUGUUGGAAAAGAACUUUAUGUGUUCUCGUAUAGAGGAACUCAAACUGAAACUGAUUUAUCUCGACCGAUCGACAAGAGAGUUUAUAAAGGUACUUCACCGACUUAUCAUGCUUUUAACCAGGAAUCGGCUAAAAAUGGAUCAUGCCAGCUGCUAAUAGGGUUCACUCUCGGUCAAUUACAAAUCAUCGACCCACUAGAAAAAUCAUCAUCAUCACCGUUCAGCAGACUGUACAAUGAAGAUAGAUACAUCGAAAAAACUUCCGUCACAUGUAUCCGCUGGCUACCUGGCGAUUCAAACAUUUUCUUGGCGUCAUAUGUGUCGGGCAAUCUUUAUGUAUAUGACCAAAGAAUUUCUGCUGCGAGUAGCAACAAUAAUGGAAGCUCACAGCCUCCGCCGUGGACUAUUCAUAAAGAGGGUGACAAGUUCGCGAUUCACACGUGGAAAGGCAAAGUUCAGCGGAAUCCAGUUACCAGGUGGCAAAUUGGAGAAGGUUCAAUUCACCAGUUCAGUUUCUCUGGAUCAGAUGGGAAAAUGAUGGCCACGGUGUCACAUGAUGGGUUCCUCAGGAUUUUCAAUUAUCAUGCACAAGAAUUGCUGGCAGUUAUGAAAUCAUAUUUCGGUGGAUUGCUUACGCUCUCAUGGAGCCCUGAUGCAAAAUUGAUUGCCACUGGCGGCGAAGAUGAUCUUCUAACAGUUUAUAGUGUAGCUGAGAAACGAGUAGUUUGCAGAGGACAAGCUCACAAAAGUUGGGUUAGUCAGGUCAAGUUUGAUCCUUAUUUAUGCACAACCGAAGAAGAUCUGGAAAAUAAUGGUAUUGCGAUGACAUCUACGUUUGACGACGUUGCAAAGGAUUUCUCAAUACGUUCGGGACCAGUACCAUCUACUAGUGCAGAUUUGAAUUCUGGAGUGAUGAAUGCAACUUCAACAUUCUCUCGUUGUUCACUUGCUUCGUUUAACACUAUCAACGGAGCUCCAGCUGGAAACAGUGUCCGUUAUCGAAUAGGAAGUGUUGGACACGACACAUUUCUAUGCCUGUGGGAUAUAACAGAAGAUAUGUUGAACCAAGGAAACAUUCGACGUCAUCGAAAUUCAACAAUAAUUGCCCCAAUGACUACCCUCGAAGUACAGACGAAUUCUCUAGUUGGAAGACUUGAAGAUCUUCAGGAAGUCUCUCCUGGUGGUGCUGGUGUUAAUGCAUCUUCUGAUUCACAGUCUAUAACUAAUAAUCACACAACUCCUCGCCCAGAAAAACAAAAAAAGAAGAAAUUUACAAAACGUCUAGGAUUUUCGAAGUUUACUUCUGGAAGCUCCAGUGCUACAUCAAAUCCGGUUGGUGGCCACAAAAUUGGCACAUUGAUGAAUGGUGCAUCAGUAAAUUCUGAAAGUUCCAAGAAACAAAACCCCGGGCUAAUUUCUCAAAUAAGCUGCUGUAACGAAACGCGGAUGUUGGGUUCUAAAUUUUGUCCAGGGAUUCGAGAUGUUCCUAUGAUCGAACCGUUAAUGUGCAAAAAAGUAUCGCAUGAUCGUCUGACAGUUCUUGAAUUCCGAGAAGAUUGUGUUGUGACUGCUUGUCAAGAGGGAUAUAUCUGCACAUGGGGCCGCCCCGGCAGAUAUCAACCAAAACGAGAUUGCAUCAAUUCACCAGGAACAGCAAGUCCGGAAUCAGGUCAAAAACCAUCUGGAUCUACGUCCGCUAUGACUUCUUCAUAUGGAUACGGCUCAGAUGCUUUGAAUGGAGUUCCACCUUCACGAUCAUCAAGUACCUACAGUAAUAUUACUUAGGCGAACAACAACUUCGUUCACCGAAUAUCACAUCCCCGUCAUACCGGGUUUCAGCUGCCAGUACUUCUGUUUAUCAUCGCCCAACAUAUGCCUGGCAGAAUGCAAAUUAACCACUCCACUUCGGGUAUCUUAAAUUUUCUUUACUAGGUUCUUAUUCUUUUUUAUUGUUCACUUAAUCUUAUUUAUUGUCGUCAAGCGUAAUGCUCUGAUCUUUAGGAUGUAUACUGUAACAUGAUUUUUCUGGAUUAUUUCUAAUUGUAAAGCCCGGCAAAGUUGUUUGCCAUUGUUUGCAAACUAUGAUCACCUGCUCACAUUUUUCUUUUAUUAAUGACUUAACGUUCCAACUUCGCAGAUUUAAUUUUCUAUAUUACUGUGCCAGUAGGAUCCAUGUGCCUAGUUUUUCUUCACCCUAAAACUCACCCCGUUUCAUUCUCGUUGUUUAAUUUCUGGUCUAAUGAAUUGUGUAUUUAUUUAAA